AUGGUUUCUGCCGUCUCUGAGGAAACUCCAUCUGAACAUGCAGAGGAUGAGAUUCGUCGUCAAAGUAUUGUGGAACAACUGCGCAAAAAUGGGGUGCACAUAGAUGACAACGGUAAAACAUUGUCUACCGAGGAGCGCACUUCUCUUCCCAGCCAAAGCUCUGACUUUGCUGAUGAUGAAGCAUCAAAGGUCAGAGCAUUUUUUAUUGCUGAAAAAAGAAUUUCGCACUCGAGAGCGAAAGAGACAAAGCUCUUUUCAAACUCCAGUUCCGUAAAAGACACUCGCAGAAACAACUUUGGUUUUCUUCCAUUUCUUAGAACUAUCUCGUUGUGCUGACG